GUUCUUCUGUCCAAUUACGUGUGAUUCUUCGCAUGUACAGUUUAGUUAUAACUUGAAAGCUUUCGCCUCUUUGCUCUGCUUCGCUGUUUUGUCUAUCAUCUCCGCUGUCCCCACUCAAUCAAAUUACACACACUGACACACACACAUAUAUAAACAACCUAGAAAUGUUGUCUCCAAUCUUACCUAUCACAACACCACCUCAAACAUCGUCAUCUUCGAAAAUGGCGCCAUCCUCAGCAAUGGCCGCCACUAUGUUCCUCAGAUCCGACGACGCCAGUUCCGAUGAUUACUACGUGCCUCUGAAUCGCCUGUCCGUGUCGUCUCUCGGUGAUGAUCAUUCGCACAGACUAGAAGUGAAGCCGCUUUUACCUAGGUCUAGCAGUUUCAAUUCGAUUAAUACGAGGAAAGGCUCCACGUUUUUGAAUCAGUGGCGGCGGAGAGGCUCCGGGGAUAAUUCUCCGGAGUCUGAUCGGAGAAGUGACGGUCAGGGUUUGAGUAAUGAAGUUGCGGAGGUUGCUGUUGAUACGUAUCGAAUUACGAGGCUUGGCUUCACUUUGCUGCGCUAUCUUGGGGUAGGCUACAGAUGGGUCCUUAAAUUUCUUGCUCUUGGAUGUUAUGCUUUUCUACUUUUUCCCGGUUUUGUGCAAGUCGGGUACUAUUACUUUUUUUCACGUCAAAUUCGCAGAGGUGUAGUUUAUGGGGAUGAACCAAGAAAUAGGCUUGAUUUGUAUCUACCAAAAGAUACCAAUGGACCUAAGCCAGUUGUUGCAUUUGUAACUGGUGGUGCAUGGAUUAUUGGUUACAAGGCUUGGGGUUCUCUUUUAGGACAACAGCUAUCAGAAAGAGAUGUCAUAGUGGCAUGCAUAGACUAUAGAAAUUUUCCUCAGGGUACAAUGAGUGAUAUGGUCAAAGAUGCUUCUCAAGGAAUUUCUUUUGUAUGCAAUAAUAUUGCUGAAUAUGGUGGUGAUCCUAACCGAAUAUUUUUGAUGGGACAGUCAGCUGGAGCACACAUUGCUGCUUGUGCUCUCUUAGACCAGGCAAUCAAAGAGUCUAGUGGAGAGCGAACUACUUGGAGUGUCUCCCAAAUAAGAUCUUAUUUUGGUUUGUCUGGAGGGUACAAUUUGUUAAACCUGGUGGAUUACUUUCAUAGUAAGGGUUUGUACCGCUCAUUAUUUUUAAGCAUAAUGGAAGGUGAAUUAUCAUUGCGCCGGUUUUCCCCUGAAGUUAUGCUACAAGAUUCGAAUAUUACAAGUGCUGCUUCCCUCCUACCUCCUAUUGUCCUUUUUCACGGUACUGCAGAUUAUUCCAUACCAUGCGAUGCCAGUACAACUUUUGCAGACACACUACAAAGAGCUGGAGUAAAGGCCGAGUCAAUUUUGUAUGAAGGAAAAACUCAUACAGAUUUGUUUCUGCAGGAUCCAAUGAGAGGCGGUGCCGAUGAGAUGUUUGAUGAUUUGGUGCGUAGGAUUCAUGCUGGAGAUGCAGAAGCCUUAGCCAAACAUGCAGCUGCACCUCCACGUAGACGUCUUGUGCCUGAAUUUAUGUUAAAGUUAGCUCGCAGAGUCAGCCCUUUUUAAACUCACUAUUUUUUUUCUACACUUUGUAAGUAUCACAUCAAAAAGAAUACACAUGUCUGAAAACAAAUCCGAUUAUAAUGAAUCAUUCUUUUUAGCUGUUC